AUGUCAAUGUACACCAACGACCAAAGGAUGCUCAUUCAUUGUUUUCAAGACAGCCUUACCGGUGCAGCUUUACGCUGGUAUAUGGGAUUAGACAGUUCUCAGAUCAAGACUUUCAACGAUUUAGGCGAGGCCUUUAUCAAACAUUACAAAUACAACCUUGAUAAUGUGCCAGGCCGAGAUCAGUUGAGGUCCAUGCAACAAAGAGAAAAGGAGGCAUUCCGUGAAUACGCGCAAAGGUGGCGCGAAAUUGCAGCACAGGUUGUUCCACCUAUGGAAGAAAAGGAGAUGACGAAAGUGUUCUUAAAGACUCUUGAUACUUUUUAUUACGAGAGGAUGAUUGCAAGCGCUCCUACAGACUUUACUGACAUGGUAAACAUGGGAGUCCGUUUAGAGGAAGCAGUUCGAGAAGGGCGUCUAGUCAGAGAAGGAAGUUCAUCUUCAAGCGGGGCAAAGAGGUACGGCGGUUUUAUGAAAAAGAAGGAACAAGAAACUAAUGCUGUGUCCUAUAAUCAUCCAAGAAGGAUCAAUUAUCCUUACCAUUCCCAACACCAACAUAUAGCAGCCGUGACUCCAGUAAUCACUUCCGCUCCAGUUCAAGUCCAAUACCCUCAGCAGCGUACCAACCGCUUCCAACAGAAUACUCAGUAUCAGCAACAACAUCAACCUCAACAACAUCAACAUCAGUUACAACAACGUCCACCACAGCAGCAAAGAAGAACCAAUUUUGAUCCAAUUCCAAUGUCAUAUGCAGAAUUGUAUCCAGCUUUGAUCACUAAAAACCUUGUGCAACCACGACCACGACCUCUUGUACCAGAAGUGCUACCUUGGUGGUACAAGCCAGAGGUAUCUUGUCCCUUUCAUCAGAAUGCUCCAGGUCAUGACUUAGACAACUGUUUUGCUUUAAAGUUGGAAGUACAGAAGUUGACAAGAGCAGGUAUCCUGACCUUCAAGAACAUGGGUCCCAAUGUGAAGGACAAUCCAAUGCCAAGUCAUGGUCCUUCAUCAGUGAACAAUAUAGAAGUUUGUCUCAAUGAACAACGUGUUACGAAGAUAGAGGAGAUUCGGCGGUCUUUGGUUGAAAUUCAUUCUGUUUUAUGUGCUCAUGGUCUAUUCCAACAUGACCACCAGAUCUGUGGUACAUGUUCAGUCAAUUCAAGAGGUUGUAGAAAGAUUCAAGAUGAUUUGCAAGGCGUCCUUGAUCAGGGUUUGAUUCAGACUUCUAGACAAGUGAGUUCUCCAGAAUCACAAGAACAAGAGGUGAAUGUCAUCAUUCCUUGCUUCAACAUUCCAGAGAAAGUAGAGAUAUCUUAUCAUCCGAGGGAGCCAAUGGUGAUUUUCCCUCCGGGCCCAAUGCCUUACACUUCAGAUAAAGCGGUCCCCUACCGCUAUGCAGCAACUAUUAUUGAGAACAGUAAAGAGGUCGAGAUUAAAACCUUAGCCUCAGUUACCAAUAUCGCAGCAAAUAGCCGAAUGACGCGCAGUGGCCGCGUGUUCGCUCCGCCAGUUAUCCCAAGUAGAAAUGUUGAGAAAGAUCCAGUAGUCGUGGUACCAGUGACAAGAGAAGUAGAAGGGCAAACAAGCAAUUCAACCCUUGAUAAAGAAACAGAUGAACUACUUAGAAUUAUCAAGCUCAGUGACUACAAAGUGGUAGAUCAGUUGCUACAGACACCGUCAAAAAUCUCGAUCCUGUCCUUAUUAUUGAAUUCAGCUGUCCACAGAGAAGCACUACUGAAGGUGCUUGAUCAAGCCUUUGUAGAACAGGAUAUAACAGCAGAGCAGUUCAACAAUGUUGUAGGCAGCAUCACUUCGUGCAAUGGCUUAGGCUUUUGUGAUGAAGAACUGCCAGAAGAAGGAAAGAAUCACAACUUCGCUCUCCAUAUCUCAGCCAAUUGUCAAGGGGAUUCUUUGUCUAAUAUCCUAAUUGACACCGGUUCAUCUCUGAAUGUCAUGCCCAAGUCUACCUUGGUGAAGCUAAAGUACAAAGGGGGGCAAAUGCGGCACAGUGGAAUUAUUGUGAAAGCGUUCGAUGGAUCAAGAAAACCAGUCAUUGGAGAAGUUGAUUUGCCUAUUGGUAUUGGACCACAUGUAUUCCAGAUCACUUUCCAGGUUAUGGAUAUAGUGCCAGCUUAUAGUUGUCUGCUCGGACGCCCAUGGAUUCAUGAGGCGGGUGCCAUUACAUCCACGUUACACCAGAAGUUAAAAAUUUUCAAGAAUGGGCAAAUAGUGACGGUUAAUGGGGAGCAGGCUAUGCUGAUUAGCCACCUUUCAUCGUUUAGUGUGAUAGAAGCAGACGAAACGGCUGUUCAAACUCCAUUUCAGGCCCUGACCAUCGAUGAUUACAAGAAAAGUGAAGGUUCAAUCGCGUCAUUCAAAGACGCCCAACAGAUUGUCAAGACAGGUCCUACAGAAAUGUGGGGCAAGGUGAUAGAGUUGCCAGAAAACGUUAACCAUGCAGGAUUAGGCUUUGUUGAUGGAAAACAAGUGCAGACUUCAGUGGUGCGACCUUUCAAAGAUAUCUUUCACAGCGGUGGGUUUAUCAACAUGGUAGCAGUUGAGGAGGAUACUUUUGAGGGAAAGACAGAAGACGAAGGCCCCAGAUUUGUGACACCAGGAAGAUCUAUGCCUCGUGAAAGAUGUUUGUUUCAGUUGUAA